AUGCCGGGAAACCGUAGGGACGUGGUCAGAAAGGCGACGGGCUGUCGGAGUUGGAAAGGUAAAGUUGGAGGCUCGUCGGCGUCCUGCCUCCGCGCUGGCCACACCCGCCGCGGCUGCCCGGGGCAGGGAGGGAUCUGGCUGAUUCUCCCUGUACCCUGUGCCCUCGGAGCUGCCCCUCCGAGCGCCCAGAGGUCCCCGCCUGCCUGCUUCCUGGAGGCAGGGCUACCAUCAGUCCCACGCCUCGCGUGUCCGCCCCGCGCACCCCGGGGCCAAGGAAAGGGAUCGCGGUCUGGACUCCCCGGGGAGUUCCCUUGA